AUGGCGAUCUAUAAGCCGUCUUAUAUGAACUACAGAGAUCCCACAUACGAUCCGAGCGAUGCAAAUGUCGACGAAUGUGCAACAAACACGCACAAGUGUACCCCGCCAUUCGGAACCUGCCUCAACAGAGUUGGCUCCCCCGUUUGCAGAUGUUCACCUGGCUUCGAACGGAUUGGUAAUGUUCGUUCAGGUCGCGAUUUUAUUCACAUUUCAACAAAUCAAUACUUCGUUCUGCAAAUUUGUGAACUACAAACCACGAUAACAAAUGCGAACGACGCGAACAUUUGUAACAAUGUUUCCUCCGUUUGCGUGAACAGCGUUGGUUUGUACGGCUGCACGUGCCUCACUGGUUUCUACAAUGUAGAUCAAUUAACAUGUGCAGUUUCUCAAGAAAAAAAUGUGAUGAUUGCCUUCAUCGUUGUCUCAACCGUAGCCAUCCUCACAACAAUCGGCUUAAUCGUGUACACUGUCUUUCUCAGACGCAAGUUGGCAGUUCAAAAUCCCAACUCCAUCCCGCCUCCCAUUGGAGCAACCAACACUCUCCAGCCAAAAAACCAUGACGACGCUCUUGAUGUUGACAUGGAUGUCUGCAGUGGUACUUUAGAGGAUAGGAAGCUCAUGAAUCCAACACUAAUUAUCAUCGUUAUUUAG